UUUAUUAAAACAAUUUUUAUCUGAAUCUGCACAUAUAGUUUUAUUGCAAAUACUACAAAGUUAUAUACAUAUAACUGAAUUGGAAAAGCAAAAAACAGAUGUUGAAUUUGUAAAUGAUACAUUGACCAGUAAUCAUUAUAGAACAAAAGAAAAACAUCAAAAUACUAUUAGCAAUUUACAAAAAGCAAUUUCAGUAUUGAAAGAUGAUCAAAUGCCUAUAUAUGUAACACAUCUACAAAAUGUUAAAGAUGAUGUAAUAUGUGGAUUAUUAAAAAGAGAAUUUGGUACUGCUCUCUUUUGUUAUAAUAAUAAAAUAGUUGUCAGAUCUUUGAUUACUUUGAAACAAUUACCUGGAACAACCAAUUUAGAAGAUGUUGUACUUUUAGGUCAUAACAAACAAAUAUAUGAACUUUCAUUUGUUAAUCAAUUAAAAUUUGUUUUGUCAGCAUCUGAAGAUAAGACAAUUCGUUUGUUUGAUUUAAAUGAUUACACCCAAAAAAAAGUAUAUAGAGGUCAUGAAUAUCCCGUCUAUUGUGUGGACUCUUGUUCAAAUGCAAAUUAUUUUAUAUCUGGCUCUUAUGAUCAUACAGCUAGACUUUGGGUGAUUGAUCGAAAAGAUUCAUUAAGAGUGUUUGCUGGCCAUACACAAGCAGUAACUUGUGUAGGUACACAUCCAAAUUGUGCAUAUUUUGCUACAGGAUCUGCAGACAAGAAUCUUCGUCUUUGGACGCUAGAAGACAAUAUGCCUGUAAGACUAUUUUUAGGUUCCAAAGGAACAAUUUAUUCUACGAUUUUCAACAAUAAUGGAGAAUAUUUGAUUAGUGCUAGUGACGAUAAAAAGGUCAGAGUGUGGGAUCUUGUAGCUGGCAAAGAAUUAUUAGAAUUAGACACUAACUGUGAUCUUGUUUCACACCUUUUAUUAUCUAACGAUGAUAAGAUAUUGAUAACUGGUACAAAUGAUGGUAUAAUAAAGUAUUGGAAUUUUGAAGAAAUUAUUAAAAAUGAAAAGAGUGAUAAUGUUAGAGAACCAAUAAGUCAAUUUUCUGUGAAUGCAAAUCUUGUGAAUGUUGAACACUGUUUUGAUACAUUUGGGUUUCUUACUUAUCAAAGUGUAAGCUAAUAGAGAUAUGUUGUUAAGAGACUAAAAAUACUUUCUAUGUAUUGACCUUAUAAGAAAUGUACAUUGUCUAAAAACUUUUUUUUUUUUAAUUUGCAUUAAUAAGUAUUUUAUGUAAUAUUUAAUAUUUAGGCUUAAAAAGUAAACCAAGAUGUAUAGUGUAAAGCAAUAUAAUGUAUUUUGCCACCAAAUUAGAGUACUCAAUUAAACGAUAUUUAAUAUUUAA